GGAACUGGACGGCGCGGAUCCGCCGCCAUCUUGAGAGGGUCUUUCUGACUCCGCAUCCGCGCCUGCGCAGGUGGGACCAGUGGGUCGGCGACGGCGUGCGAGCGAGGCCGGGUGCGUCUUGGUGGCGCCCUUCUGCCCAGCCUGCCCGGCUGCUCCCCGCCCGCUCUGCUCGUCGGACUUGGGUGCAGCCCCGGACCCCUAACGGAGAAGCAGCCCAUCAGGUGCCUGGAGCGGAGUCUGGUUUUUUUUUUUUUUUUUUUUUUGAGGAGGUGGCCGUGCAGUUCAGCAGGGAGGAGUGGGCUCUGCUGGAUCCGUCCCAAAGGGCCUUGCACAAGGAAGUCAUGGAGGAGACGUUUGCCUUGAUGGCCGCUCUAGGUGACCGGGGGGAGAGUGAGGAGGAGGAAAAACCCCACCCAGCAUUGCUCAGAGGAAUCAGAUGGGGAAAGAAGGAAAAACAGAGAAGGCAAACUAAAGCAAAGCAGAGGAACGGGAAGGGAUCUUAUGCUUCUCAGUAUGGCAACAUCCAUAAAUUUGGAAUCCAAAAAACGGUGGCGAAAGAAAGGGAAAGGUGCCAGCGCCCUGCGAGAAGGAAAGCUUCUGAACCAGGCUUUCAAGCUCAGUGGGAAAUGGACACAAGGGAGAAACCACACAGAUGCUUGGAGUGUGGAAAGGGCUUCAUCAACAGGGGAAACCUCACCAAACAUCAAAGAACCCACACUGGAGAGAAACCAUGUGAGCUCUUGGAAGGUGGAGAGAGCGUCAAGGUGAGUUCCCACCUGACUUCACAUCAAAGAACCCACACUAGAGAGCGAUCUUUUAAAUGCUUGGAGUGUGGAAAGAGCUUCAGUAACAAUAGAUCACUUACUGUGCAUCAAAGAACCCACACUGGAGAGAAACCAUAUAAAUGCUUGGAGUGUGGAAAGAGCUUCAGUGUCAAUGGAUCGCUUACCACACAUCAAAGAACCCACACUGGAGAUAAACCGUAUCGGUGCUUGGAGUGUGGAAAGGGCUUCGGCAGCAAUGGAAGUCUUACUAUACAUGAAAGAAGCCAUAGUGCAGAGAAACCUUUUAAAUGCUUGGAGUGUGGGAAGAGCUUCAGUGUGAGUUACUGCCUCACUUCACACCAAAGAACCCACAGUGGAGAGAAACCAUAUCAGUGCUUGGAAUGUGGAAAGAGCUUCAAUAUGAGUGGAUCACUUUACAUCCAUCAAAGAAUCCACACUGGAGAGAAACCUUAUCAGUGCUUGGAGUGUGGAAAGAGCUUCAGUGAGGGUGGAUCACUUAAAGUGCAUCAAAGAAUCCACACUGGAGAGAAACCCUAUAAAUGUUUAGAGUGUGGAAAGAGCUUCAGUGCGAGUGGAUCACUUACCGUGCAUCAAAGAAUCCACACUGGAGAAAAACCGUAUCAGUGUUCGGAGUGUGGAAAGAGCUUCAGUGCGCAUGGUUCCUUCAUUUUCCAUCAAAGAAGCCACAGUGAAGAGAAACCAUAUCAGUGCUUAGAGUGUGGAAAGAGCUUUAGUCAAAGUUCACAGCUUACUGUGCAUCAAAGAACCCACACUGGAGAGAAGCCAUAUCAGUGUUUGGAGUGUGGAAAGAGCUUCACCAAGAGUGGAAAUCUUACCCUACAUGAAAGAACCCACACUGGAGAGAAACCAUAUCAGUGCUUGGAGUGUGGAAAGAGCUUCAGUGACAGUGGAAAAUGUAGCAGACAUCAAAGAACCCACACUGGAGAGAAACCAUACCAGUGUGUGCAGUGUGGAAAAAGUUUCAGUAGCAAUUCAUAUCUGAUUGUGCAUCAAAGAACCCACACUGGAGAGAAACCAUAUCAGUGCUUGGAGUGUGGAAAGCACUUCAGCCAAAGUUCACAACUUGCAGUGCAUCAAAGAAGCCACACUGGAGAGAAAUAAUAUUAUUUAUUUAUUUUUCAGAUUUGUAUCCCAAACUUCCAUCUCUGGGCGGUUAUAAGCAAUUUAAUCUUUAAAAAUUUGUGCUCUGUCUGAAGCUCUUUCCAAACUGGAAGCAUUUAUAUAAGCAAUAUACAUGCUUCCAGUUUGGAAAGAGCUUCAGCCAGAGCACAAAUCUUUUUAAAGAUCAAAGAACCCACAGUGGAGAUUGUAAUGAAAUGGGGUGGGGUGUGUGUGUUCUCUUAUAGCAUUCCAGUUAAUAAAUACUAGUAGGUGAGGCUCAUCAUUAUGAUUUAUUAUUUUUAAUUUAUCAAAUUUAUACUCUGCCCAAACUUAAAUCUUUGGGCAGCUAACAACAUUGACUUGACAAAGUCAUUUUGCUUAGAUUACACUUCUAAGAAAGUUCCAGGAAAUUAAAUGCUGUAUAUGAAAUCUUAAUGUGCUUGCAAAAGGGAAGUAAAAUAAAUGUUUGAAAUUUUGAGGA